CUGUAGAGAGUGCAGUUGAAGAAGUAGCAGAGCAGGAGAGAGAUAUUAGAUAGAGAGGAAUGGAGGGGUCCAUUAGAGCUGAUGCAGCUUUACUCAGGUUCGGUCUACAGUAAAUGCCAGAUUCCCUCACUCUCAGCAGCCGUCCAUUUCUCAGGCGAGUUCCAGAUCUGCGCCGCAUUGCGCCACACACCUCUCUCUCCUCACUUCUCUCCUCAGAUCUACCCCGGGCUUGAAACACUGGUUUCACUGUUUCGGAUAUUGGCCUUUCUGCAAUGGGGAAAUCUCCGGGAAAAUGGAUCAAGACCCUACUUUUUGGGAAGAAAUCGUCCAAAUCUAAUUUUUCAAAAAAAGCUGCAACUGAAAGAGAGGCAUUUAUUGCUGUUAAGGCCCAGUCAGGUGAUUUGGCUUUGGAUCCUCCAGUGGCUUUGGUCCCAGCACCCCAUACCACUGACAGAAGUGGAGGGAACUCGGUGUUAGAAAGGGCAACAACUGACAACUUGCCACUUGAUGUGGUUUUGUUAUCACCUGGAAGUCAAGAUGUUGAUACAAAAGCAAAUGUGGAGUUGGGACUACCAAACAACACAGACAUAAUCAGGCUAGAGCAAGCUGCUACAAAAGCACAGGCUGCUUUUAGGGGCUAUUUGGCUCGCAGGGCAUUUCGGGCCCUCAAGGGCAUCAUAAGGCUGCAAGCACUUGUUCGUGGGCACUUGGUUAGGAGACAGGCUGUUGCUACUUUACUAUGUGUGCAGGGGAUUGUGAAAUUACAGGCACUGAUUCGUGGUCAAAGAGUCAGACUUUCAGAUGCAGGACUUGAAGUGCAUAAGAAAUGCAGUCUGGGAAAGCCUCUGGACGACAAAGAGGUGGUUUCAGGUGGAGUAAAUAAAUCCACUCAACCGAAGGAGCUAUCACCAAAUGCUUUUGUUAAUAAGCUUCUUGCUUCAUCGCCUACUGCUCUGCCCUUGAAACUCCAGUAUGAUCCAGUUGACCCAAGCUCAGCUGCAAACUGGGUAGAACGCUGGUCAUUGUCUUUCUUCUGGAAACCACUUCCACAACCUAAGAAGGUUGACAACUUGAAGUCUCAGAGAAAGCAGGGUAACAUUCAAAGUGGAGAAUCAGAGGUGGGAAGGCCAAAACGAGGUAGCCGGAGGGUUUCCACUGUGAGUGUUGAGAAUAACUCAUUGCUUUCCUCAUCUGAAUAUGAAAAACCCAAACGUACCCAGAGGAAAUCUUUGAGCCAUCAAGCAGAAACAGUGCAGGAUCAUCCUCAAAGUGAACUUGAGAGGGUUAAACGCAAUUUGAGAAAAGUUUCUGCAUCUGUAACAGAGGUUCCUGAUAAGAUGGAAGCUGUAACUGAGAAACCAAAGCAGAGUCAAAGAAAGGUUUCAGGCUUUCCAGCUCCUGAUGUUUCAGAACAGAGCAUGAACUUUUCUUCUGAAAAAACAGGUCCCCCACCAGUAGCAGUGUCCAAAGAGUCCAAACAGACUGAUAUAGAACCACAUUCAAAACUGUCCAAAGAACCCAAAGAGACUGAUGCAGAACUGUCUCGAAACCUGUCCAAAGAACUCAAACAGACUGAUACAGAACCAUCUCCAAAGUUGUCCAUAGAACCCAAACAGACUGAGGGAGAAACACAUCCAAAACUUUCUGGAGAACUUGAACAGACUGAGCUGGAAUUACCUCCAAAACCUUUAGCAUUGGAUGAGAUAGUUGAUGUGUCACAAGAUCACCUUCUUGCUGUUGAGGCACAUCCUUUAGAAAAUGGUGGGAAAGUUGAGAACACUCCUGUGGUGAAUGAGGAGAUAAGCUGUAUGGAGGAUCAAACUACCAAGGAUAACAAGAGAACCAGGAGGAGGAAAUCUUUUCCAGCAAAGCAGGAAUGCUCAGAGAAUGUUUCACAUAACACUCCCACCUUGCCAAGCUAUAUGGCAGCAACUGAAUCUGCAAAGGCAAAGCUUAGAGCACAAGGAUCACCAAGAUUUGGUCAAGAUGGAUCUGAAAAUGGUUUUGUCAGACGGCAUUCUCUGCCUUCUUCCACCAAUGGUAAAUUGAGCUCAAUGUCACCUCGAGUGCAGAGGCUGGUUCAAGCAAGUGGCAAAGGAGGAUCCAAAAAUGACAGAUCACUUUUGUCCUCUAGAGAUUGUCAUGAGAAGGUGGUCCAGACUGAGUGGAGGAGGUGAUAUUAUGGCCAUUUUCAUUUUAUGAAAUCAAGGAGGUAAAGAGUGAAUACUUGUCCCUAGUUUCCUGUUGUGCAACUUUUCUUGGAAAAUGUGAAAAUGGACUUGCGAAUAACAGGUGUAUGGUGUACCUGGAGUUGCUCCUUUUCUUAGCAUUUGGUGUGCCUGAGUGAUUGUAUAGUGAUAGACUCAACAGGUUCCAGUGUAUGUGUUUGUUUAAUUUAGUGUUGUUCCAUUCUUUAUUUUCAUGCUUCAUGAUAGAAUUUGCUAAUGUAAGAAUUAUACAGCUCUUUGGAAGUUGAAUGUUUUGCUUCUUAUAUUUUUUACUCUUUGCUGGUUGAA